AUGGAGUCAAAUCCACUGAUUAACUCGAUGGACCCAUCAAUUACACUGUGGCAGUUCUUGCUCCACUUGCUGGAGGAUCAGAGCCAGCGGCACCUGAUCUCAUGGACUGCGUGUGGGACUGACGGAGAGUUCAAACUGGUGGACGCCGAGGAAGUGGCUCGUCUGUGGGGACUCCGCAAGAAUAAGCAUAAUAUGAACUAUGACAAGCUGAGCAGAGCCCUGCGCUAUUACUAUGAUAAGAAUAUAAUUAAAAAAGUGAGUGGGCAGAAGUUUGUAUACAAGUUCGUCAGUCAGAUCGACGCCUCAACCACAGACCCAGCUCGAUACAACGUGGAGGAAAAACCGGACAAUGCUGACUCCAACAGCCAAUCAAAAGUUUUACUGGGCGGGAUGACAACCUGUCAAUCUAAGGGCUUACCGCAGCGUUCUUCGCUUCCUCCCCUUUCUCAAAAGAACUCGUCACGAAAUGACUAUAUGAAGUCCGGCCUCUACUCCACCUUCACCAUACAGUCACUACAGACCUCACCCACACAGCUGUACAACCAGCCAAUCAAAUCUGACCGCUCAAAUCAACAGCCUAUCAAAACGGACCACUCCCACCACCACCAGCCGAUUAAAGCAGAGCAGCUCGGACUACAACUUCCGCCUGCUGACCCUGUCCCUCAAGUGGACAGAAGGCAAAGAGAGGUCUGUGGGGUGCCUGAAUCCCAGCCAGCAUUUGAAGGUGGCGCUGAAGGUGGCGCUGUGGAGUCUGCUUUACAGGUGAUCGUCACUCAGGCUUCUCCCUGUCCCACACCUGCUGUAAGCCCGCACAACAAUGGAGUUUCACAGCUCCCAGCACUAGAACCCCCUCAGAUCUUCCUGACCAGUGUGGGUGACUCCUUGACGCCGCUGCUGUCCUUAGGGCCAUCAUCUGUGGGCCCUAGCCCCGUGUCUCACUCCUCACCUGAGGACUACAGCUCCACUCCCGCACCUCCCCCAGUCUUCUUAAUCAUCAACCCCCCACCGCAGAACCAAGGUGCAGUCCCUCAGAACCAGGCUCAACUUUCCCAAGCCCACCACAGCCCUGCGCACGGACAGCCUCUUUCCCUCAGACAGCCUCAACAAAAGCCCACCCCACAGCCCUCCAUUGUGGUUAAGGAGGAAGAGACAAGGCCCCCAGCUGAAGAGCUUCUGGAGAUGGUGACUAUAGAGGAGGAACAUAUAGAACAGAUGCCUCAGCUGAGCUCAGUUAAACUAGAGCCAACUUUAACUAUUGUUGAGGCUUCACCCACUUCCUCCCUGGACCUUGGGAUCAAAAGACAACAGACCGAAGGGGUGGGACCAGGGGAGACAACAAAGGACAACACUACAGUGCCAGCUGUUUCUGCUCCUUCCUCUGUAUCAUCUUCUGUCCCUGGCUCGGCUGCUUCGGAGCGCGCUCCCUCCAGACCAAAGAAACCCAGAGGACUAGAGCUGCCGUCAGCCCCCACACUGCCACCAGGACUGUCCUUAGAUAAGGUGAAUGCAGCGGUGAACAGUUUAUUGGCUCCAGGAUCAAGCACCAACACUCUGACGCCGUCUGUCAUAACCUCACAUGCACUGACCCCUGUGCUGCUGACUCCAAGUCCAUUGCCCUCCAUACACUUCUGGAGCACACUCAGCCCCAUUGCUCCUCGCUCUCCUGCUAAACUCUCCUUCCAGUUCCCGACCAAUGGCAGUAACCAGAUCCACAUUCCUGCUCUCAGUGUCGAUGCUGAAGUCAAAGACCUGAAACUGGAGCAUUACGUCAUGACCUGCUCAAGCCCCUCCUUCUCCUCUGCGGCAUCCGACAUAAACGAGCUGCACGGGCUUUUACAAAUCGCUUCUGCCUCUGACGCGUCCGUCCCGGCCGCUUGUUUGGUCCAGUCCCGCUGGAGCGCACAAAGGCUCUCUGUCUCCUCCAUGCCCAAGUGCAUGAUGGGAUCUGAUGUCCUGUUGGUGCUGCUGUCGCUGGUGAUGUCAUCAGUUUGUUCUCCAAUGGACGGAACCAAUUCAGGUGGCGCUGUGCUGUGUCCGCUGCAGUGUGUGUGUGAGACCAGGCCGUGGUACACUCCUCAGUCCGUCUUCCAUCAGGCCAUCACUGUGGACUGCAACGAGCUGCACCUCCAGCGAGUUCCAGCUAAUGUCUCUAUAGACACACAGGUCCUCCUGCUUCAGAGCAACAACAUCUCUUCCAUUUCCUUUGAGCUGCGGAGUCUGACCAACCUCACAGAGCUGGACCUGUCUCAGAACCACAUCACCCAGGUCUCAUCUCUGGAUCUUUCCUCUUUGACACGCCUGGUCACAUUGUACUUGGAAGAGAACCGGAUUGAGGAUUUGCCAGACUAUGGCCUAAGAAACCUGUCAAGUUUAGAAGAACUUUACAUCAACCAUAACCAGAUUAGGACCAUUAAGACCUGGGCCUUCAGCGGACUCACCAGUCUGCUUCGACUGCAUCUAAACUCCAAUCGCCUUGAGUCAAUUGACAGCAUUUGGUUUGAUUCACUCCCAGCUCUGGAGAUCCUGAUGCUGGGGGAAAACCCGGUCUUGGUCUUGGGAGAGGGGUCUUUCAAGUCUUUGCCGCGCCUCCACAGUCUGGUUCUGGCUUCUAUGGGACUACAGUCUGUGUCCCCCAAGGCCUUCACUGGACUAGACUGUCUUGAGAGCCUCUCCUUCUAUGACAACAAACUCAGAUCAGUUCCACGGGAAGCUUUGAAAGUUCUUCCAAACCUGAAAUUCUUGGACCUGAACCGAAAUCCCAUCAAUAGAAUUAAGCAGGGAGACUUCCAGGACCUUCUGCACCUUCAAGAGAUCAGUUUGAACAACAUGGAGACGCUACAGAUGGUGGAGCCAAACUCGUUUCAGAACCUUCCAGAACUGAUCAAAGUAGAACUAUGCAACAACAUUCAUCUGUCUCACCUGCACCCCCACAGCUUUAGUGACGUCCCGUGGCUUCGCUCGCUCAUGGUGCACAGCUCAUCCCUGGCCUUCCUCUCCCCAGUGCUGCUCUCCUCUCUCCCCUCUCUCAAAGAGCUGUCCAUCCACUCCAACCCGCUGCGCUGUGACUGCCUCCACAGCUGGGCCUCUCACCUGGGAAACUCAUCUCGCCUGACGCUGCUGGAGCCCACCUUCACUGUGUGCCACGCCCCUGUGCACCUGAUUGGGCAGCAGCUACAGGAAGUGCUCGUGUCCUCGGGCGAUGGGAUCAAUAGCUGUUUGCCGCAGAUUUCUUCCAACGUUUUUCCUUCAGUGAUGAACAUCAGCGAGGGGCAGCCGAUCAUUAUAGAGUGCUGGGCAGAUGCAGACCCCGCCCCUCAGUUUUAUUGGGUCACUCCCACUGGAGACAAGGUGAGCUCUGAAGCGGUGGCUGCUCCAAUCAUAUCGCAAGAGGAGCCGGAGGGACGUGGUUUAAGCAGCACAAAGCCGAAAAAACAUCGUUUGCUGGAACCCGGUGCAUUAGUCAUUGACCAUGCUGAGGCCUCGGACGCAGGAACCUACACCUGCGUGGCCUGGAAUGCAGAGGGAGCUGACACCAAGAGCCUGUCUGUAACUGUGGAUCUCCAGAGCUCAGGGGCAGCCUCAGACUCUGCGUCCAGUCUGGGCCAAACAUGGCUGGGAAGGAACAGCAGUAGGCCAGCCUCUUUAGUGGUGCUUGCAAAGGUGGUGCACUCUCGGUCUGUAGUCCUGGAAUGGAAACUGCAUCUCUCAAAACCCAAACAAGACCAGAAGGACGAAGAAGAUUCACCUGAGACCUUGCCACGAUUUACCACAGCAACUGUCCACAUCCACAACCCACACAUCAGCUACACUGCCAAGGUUCCAGCAGAUGUUCAGGAGUACAACCUCACUCACCUCCUCCCUUCCACUCUGUAUCACAUCUGCCUGACCAUCUCCUCCAAAAACUCCCUAAGCCCCGCCCCUUCCCACACUUCCUGCCUGAAUGUCACCACCAAAGACACCGCCUUUGCCGUGGAGCUGGUGGAGUCUCGUCACGGCGGCGUGGCAGCGGCUGCAAUUUUGGGCUCCAUGUUUGCGCUGUGUAUUAUGGCUCUGCUGUUGUUUUACAUGGGCCGUCGCAGAGUGGUUAACCUCCCCCAAAGUCACGUGCACUCACUAAAGAAGUACAUGCAACACACCACCUCCAUCCCUCUGAACGAGCUGUACCCGCCUCUCAUCAUGUUGUGGGAGAGUGAAACGGAGAAAGACAAAGAGGAGAAAGACGAGGAGCAACGAGAGGAGGGGCACAUUGACACCUCAAAGACGACAUACAUGUGUUCGCGGAUUCUUAAACGGGCCCAAAGUGACCGACUUUACCGCUGGAGUCUCGACACGAACCUGCACAGAGAAGUGGAUAAUACUACAUAUUAUCCAACAGAAAGCUCGUCUUGA